AUGGAUGAUAGAUGGUUUGAUACUAUUGUAACCUAUCGGAUUAACGGGAAAUUGUAUCGAAAUAAGGAUGCAGGACGACCAUGGACGCUUUACAGCUUCACGAGAGCACGUGCUGAUGACAAGGAUGAAGCAUCUAGUGAUGAUGAAAACUCAUCUGCAGCAAAAGGUGCUGAUGAUCCUGGUCCUUCUGGACCUCAGGGACCUGGUCAAGGUGGUGAAAGAGGAAAGUAUGAUAGAGAAGGAGAUCAAGAAAGAUCUGUUGUUGGUGAUGCUGAUGAUAGUGCUAAAUCUGAUGAACAAGCUCCCGCUCAAUAA